UUUUACAACAUAUUAUUCACUGCGUUGCUUAUACGGUUAGCUGUCAAAGGAAGAAAAAUGAAUUUAAUACCAGUAUUUUUCGUUUCUUUGCUUGUUUUUAAGAGUACAUUUGCUUUUUCAAAGCAGGGCAUAUGGGAAAAUGUCCAAUUCCCACAGGACAAGGGCUACAUGCUUUUUACCAAGAGUAUGUAUAAGGAUACAAUAGUCUCAUUAAAAAUUGACUGUUCAUCAAAGACAAGUGCACAGAUUAAGAUUGAGUGGUUACUUAGGUAUACACCUUGUGCCACAGAGUUUCAAUCUUUAGAAGGUGCUAAGGCAGAAGGAGCAGCCAUUGAGAUGAUGCUUGGUGAAGGGCCACAUAAACUUUUGUUUCCAGACUUCAAAUAUGAUACUAUAGAGUAUAUCACUAAAAGUUAUGAAGAAAUAUGUGAUGGCUCUACAAUCUUUUUAGAAGCAAAAACUAUGGAAAAACCAACAAUAGAAAAAAUAGAUAAGGUUGCGGAACAAACAGAGAAAAAAACAGAGAAAUCCACUACAGAGGAGGCGGCUGAUAAAGAUAAGAAUGAUAAACCAUCUCGGAGAAAACGAGAAGAUCCAGUUACAAAAACUAAACCUUUAGAAUCAGUGCAAACAGAUAAAACUGUCACUACAACCAAAACUAGUGAUUCAACAGUAGGAGUUACACCUAAGGCUAAUAUUUCACAGAAUGUUAAACAAGAUCAGGAGGUAGAUCAUCCAAGUUUGGCCAAGGUCUGGAAAUCGGGAUACUAUGCCUUUGUUGUAAAAAUAACACCAGUUAAUGAGAAUGACAAGUUUGAUGCUAAAUUGACUGUUGCUAUGAAAGGAAAAGUUGGAUAUAUAUCAGCUGUAGAUUGGCCGCUGCUUAUUUUUUAUGGAGUUAUGGGACUUGUAUAUAUAAUAUAUGGACUUGUAUGGUUGGUUUUGUUGGCCUGUAAUUGGAGAGAUUUAAUGAGGUUACAGUACUGGAUUGGUGGUGUCAUUGUUCUAGGAAUGUUAGAGAAAGCUGUGUUCUAUGCUGACUACCAGAAUAUAGCAAACAAUGGAAAGUCGGUGACAGAGGGUACUGUGAUAUUUGCUGAAGUUGUCUCAUCAUUGAAGCGUGCUCUUGCUAGAAUGUUGGUCAUUAUUGUUAGUGUGGGCUUUGGUAUUGUCAAGCCCAGAUUAGGCCCUACCUUCCAUAAAGUGCUGUUUGUUGGUGGUCUUUAUUUUAUCCUAGCCACCAUUGAAGGCAGUAUGAGAACAUUAAAGCCAAAGGGAGAUCAGUCUACAGAUCUGAUGUUGGCUGCUGUACCUCUAGCAGUUGUUGAUGCUUCUAUUUGUUGGUGGAUCUUCUCAAGUCUUGUUCAGACAACUAGACAGUUACGUUUGAGGAGGAAUGUUGUUAAACUAGCUCUCUAUAGACACUUUACAAAUACUCUCAUCUUCGCAGUAUUAGCAUCAAUCAUUUUCAUGAUAUGGUCAAUAAUACAGAUCAAGAUGAAGACUUGUCUAAGGGCAUGGAGAGAGAUCUGGUUAGAUGAGGCAUACUGGCAUUUGUUGUUCUCUGUUAUCCUAGCAAUUAUCAUGAUUUUAUGGAGACCUUCAUCAAAUAACCAGAGGUACGCAUUUUCUCCGUUGAUUGAUGCAGCUGAUGAUGAGGAUGAGGAAGAUGAGUCAGUCCUCAACGAUGCUUUUGCUGGUAUGAAAAACAGAACCAAGCAGACAAAUGGAUCUCCAAAACAAAAACAAAACUCCAUUGAGGAUGACUUGAAGUGGGUUGAAGAAAAUAUUCCAUCAACAUUAUCUGACAAAGCACAGACUUUAAUUGAAUCAGAUGAAGAAAUUAUGACGGUGAAAUAUGAAAUGUCAAAGAUGCAAUAGUACUGUGUGUGAAUGUAGAACAGUGACUGUGAUUUCUGUAUAUAUAUUUCAUCUAGGGACACAAUAUGCUACCAGGGUUAUACACUGUGAAUUUUGUCAGAAAUUUGAAGCAAAAAAGACAUGUUAUAAUUUUCUUGUAUGUCUGGUAAUUUAAAUAAUUUGGAGAAAUUUACUUAGGUGCUUAAAUGUAGAAAUUUUAAAUUAUACAUUUUUGCUUUUAUGGAGUAGAUAUUAGAUAAAUUUUCUGGUUGUACACAGUGGACUGGACUGGACUGGUUAUGUUAUUGGUGUAUUUAACUUUACGCUUGUAGCACAUUUAUAACAUGGUGUUCUAUAUCUGGGAAAAAACACUUUUUUUCAGUUAGUAUAAUGCUUCUGCACACCUAUACAAUCUGGAGGGUUAUGAUUUUAGUAAAUAGGAUUGUAAAUAAUGAAUGAACAAAACUAAGAUUUUUUUUUCAACUAAGAUUUAUUUGUAUUUUAAGGUAAUUAUGAUAUUGGAAUAAUUGUUGAAGUAUUUUUUAUUCUUUCCUCUUGGAAAUAGUUAAGAAGAGAUGUAAGUGAUUAUAUGUAGUUUGAGUGACAUUCAGUUUGAUAUUGCUGUUACCAUCUAACAUUUGAGCCGCAUCACGACAAAACCAAUUUUAUGCGUUUGCGACCAGCAUGGAUCCAGACCAGCCUGCACAGUCUGAUCAGGAUCCAUGCUUUUCGCUUACAAACGGAUGCGCAGGCUGGUCUGGAUCCAUGCUGGUCGCAAACGCAUAACGUUGGUUUUGUCGUGACGCGGCUCAUUUUAUUAUUUUAUUUAAUCAUUAUUUCAAUCAGUGUAAAAGAAAUUAGAUAAGUCAUUUUGUAGAAAUUCCUGAACAUUUUAUUCUUUAUUAUAUUUUGUAAGUAGAUCUAAUUGAGUAAAAGUGCAAAUUCUGAAAUUAUCAAAUUUGAUAAUCUCUCCUAAUAACAAAAUCACAACCUAACUGGCUUUAUAUUUUAAGAUUUGAUUAAAAAAAAUUUGCUCUGUUUCUAGUUUAGAUGAAGUUUUUUUUUUGAAAAAUACCCACUUACUUUCAAGUUCUUAUAUUAUUGUCAAUAACAUGGCUUUUUAGGACUAGAUCUGUUUCAAAAUGAUUAACACUGAUACAUACCCAUACCUACAUGUACAUAAUAUGUUUUAUUUAAAUUGUAGAAGUUAUAUUAUAACAUGAGUUAACAUGGAACUGGAUCUGUUUGAAAAUUAUUUUGCAAAAGAAAUUUUAUCAAUUCUGUAUUUAUUUUUAUUAGGAGUCUUUAUAUGGGUUGAUAGUAAAUUUGUUUUGACUGUUCAUUGCUAUUUGAGUAAGUAUGAUAUGUUGUCAGUGUUAUUUAGGUUAAGUAUGGAGGGAAAUUUUGAUUUUGUUUUGUAUUUAUGUUAAUCAUGACUAGUGCUGGUACUCUGUUGGUAACGUAUCACGUUCAUAUAAUUCAUCAUCCGUCUUUUGUUUACACCAUGUACAUUUCAUUAUUAUUUUGUUGAUUUUUCAAACUAUGUCAUAAUAUCAAUAAAUUAUAUUUACUGUAA